GUUCUAUAUAUGAUACCCGUUACUCAAUACGUUCUUUUACGUUAUUAUAUCUCCCACAACCAUGCAGCAAAAGCAAGUUGCUCAGAUUUCUUUCCAACUUCCCUGUUUCUUUUUCUUUUUGCUAAUCUCGACAUUAGCCACCGCCCAAUUUACCACCACUAACACCCCUUCUCCUCCUCCUCCCACCACCAGUCCCGCCACUUCUCCACCCACCAACACCACUUCGCCGCCAACCAACACCACCUCUCCGACCACCACAAUCACCAAAGCUGUUAACAUCACAAAACCAGGAUGUCCGAAACAGUGUGGAAAUCUUACAGUUCCAUAUCCAUUUGGGAUUGGCUUAGGAUCUGGUUGUGCCUUAGACGCAAGUUUCGAGAUCAACUGUGUCACAAAUGCAACAGGUUCUCAAACACCCUUCAUAUGGAACAUCCAAGUCUACGACAUCUCAGAUGCUGAAAUGCGAAUAUCAAAUACCAUAAAUAUGAAGUGUUUCUCAUCAACAGGAGCUUUGCUUCAAGAUGAUCUUGCUUGGAUGAAUUUAGGAAGAUCAAGUCCUUACAGUUUCUCUUCUCUCAACAGAUUCACUGUGGUUGGUUGUGAUGAUGGUGGUAUAAUAAAUGGACGUAACUUCGCUAAUGGUUGCCCCGCUCUCUGUAGUAGCUCAAGGGAAGUAGUUGAAGGAAAAUGUAUGGGUUUUGGUUGCUGCCAAAUAACAAUACCAAAAGGCUUGAAAUAUUUCAAUACGUCUAUGAUAAGCACGAAAAAUCACAGCGGAUCUUGGUCGUUUAAUCCAUGUGGCUAUGCAUUUCUUGGUGAGGCGAGUCGCUUCGAAUUCAGGGGUGUACAGGAUCUCAGUGAUGUUAAUUUUGUUAAGAAGAUUAUGGAUAAUGUUCCCAUUGUGCUAGAUUGGGCUAUUGGAAAUCUAACUUGUGUUGAAGCACAGAAACGCAACGAUUAUGCUUGCCUGGAAAAUAGUCGCUGCGUUGAUUCUGAUACUGGCCUUGGUGGUUAUAGGUGCAACUGUAACUCCGGAUACCAAGGCAAUCCAUACAUUGGCUCUGGCUGCCUAGAUAUUGAUGAAUGUGCAGAUCCAAAUGCAAAUUCAUGUGAAACUAUUUGCAUAAACACGCCGGGGAGUUACAAUUGUUCUUGUCCAGAAGGAUACACCGGUGAUGGCAAAAAAAAUGGUCGUGGCUGUAUUGCGCCAAGCUCGAACUCUGAAUUCCCAUGGAUUAAGUUUUCUGUAGGUAUGGGAGUUGGUUUUAUGUCCCUAGUGGUUGGGACAACUUGGCUCUAUUUCAGCAUCAAGAAAAGAAAACUCAUUAAACUUCGGGAAAAAUUCUUCCAGCAAAAUGGUGGUUUGCUAUUGAAACAACGGAUCUCUUCUGACGAGGGUGGUGUGGAAGCAACCAAAAUUUUUACCGCUGAAGAGUUGAAGAAGGCUACAAACAACUAUGCGAAUGAUAGAAUUCUUGGUCGGGGUGGAAAUGGAAUUGUCUAUAAAGGUAUUUUACCUGAUAAUCGCAUAGUUGCGAUUAAAAAAUCUAAGUUUGUGGACGAGGAUCAAGUUGAACAGUUCAUCAAUGAGGUACUUAUUCUUACUCAAGUCAACCACAGAAACGUAGUGAGACUCUUUGGAUGUUGCUUGGAAGCUGCAGUUCCUUUAUUGGUUUAUGAAUAUGUAUCUCAUGGAACUCUUUACGAGCAUAUCCACAACCAAAAUGGAGCGCCUUGGUUAUCUUGGCAAAAUCGGCUAAGAGUUGCUACUGAGACAGCAAGUGCACUUGCUUAUCUUCAUUCAUCCGCGGCAAUGCCUAUAAUUCACAGAGAUGUCAAGUCUGCCAACUUAUUAUUGGAUGAUGUUUACACUGCGAAAGUGGCAGAUUUUGGAGCUUCCAGAUUAAUCCCUCUUGAUCAAACACAUCUCGCUACAUUGGUUCAAGGGACAUUAGGGUACUUGGAUCCUGAAUAUUUUCGCACAAGUCAACUGACAGAGAAAAGUGAUGUUUAUAGUUUCGGAGUAGUCCUUGCAGAACUUUUGACAGGAAUGAAACCUAUUUCGAGGGACAGAAAUGACGAGGACAAAAAUUUGGCAGAAUAUUUUGUUUUGUCCAUGAGAAAGAAUCAAUUGUUUCAAAUUCUUGAUCGCAGAGUAGUAAGGGAAGGAAGCCUCGAGCAACUUCAAAAGGUGGCUGAACUUGUGAAGAGUUGCCUUCACUUGCACGGAGAAAAUAGGCCUACGAUGAAAGAAGUAGCAAUGGAACUUGAAAGUUUAAGAAAGUUCACCAAAAAUAACCCUUGGCCUAACGGACAUGGACAUGAAGAGAAUGAAGAUGAAGUAUCAGAUCUUUAUACAAUUCCAAUUGACUCUAAUACGGGUAUCGACAAUUUCUCUGGACAAUAUAGUUCCAACUCCAACACAAAUAGCAGCAACUUUUCUGGACAAUAUAGUUCGGAUAGUUCUUCAUUGAUGUAUAGUACUCCGAAUACAAAUAUCCCAUUGAUCCAAAACAGAAGGGCAAUAUGAUGAUUGAUGAAGAUUUUCUGCAGUUGUACGUUCUUUCCUUCUCGUCUUUCUUCAAUGUUGAAUUUUCUGAUGUAAUUUUUUUUGCUUUUAAUUUGUACCUUUCUCUUUGAAUUUUGGUUUGCAUAGAAAACUUUUCCGUCAAGGAUUCUAUUGCCUUGAGAGUCAAAUUCCUACUGAAGCUAGCUUUUAAAUAUAUUGUUUCUCGUUUUAUUA